AUGGACACACCAAUUGGCAAGGAUCUCACAAAUCAAGUGAUUGGAAAGGUUUAUAAAUUAAUAAAAAGAAUUGGGAGUGGGGCUUUUGGAGAAAUAUAUUUGGUGGCUAAAGGGAAAGAGGAAUAUGCCAUGAAACUAGAAAGAAGUGAUACAAAACAUCCAUAAAUAUUUUUUGAGGCAAAGUUGUACAACUAUUUACAAGGAUCUGAUCCUAGUGAUAAAGGUAUUUGAAUUAUUAACUCAAAGCCAGGAAUUCCUAGAAUAUAUGCUUAAGGCUAAGACGGUGAUUAUAAUUACAUCGUCAUGGAUUUACUGGGCCAAAGUUUAGAAGAAUUAUUCAGCAAAAAUAACAAAAGACUAUCCCUCAAGACUGUAAUUAAUGCCAUCUAUGAUUUAGGUGCUGAUGUUGGCUGAUCAAAUGAUUUAACGGAUUGAAUACAUACAUACGAAACAGUUCCUCCAUCGUGAUAUUAAACCAGACAACUUUCUAAUUGGUUUAGGUAAAAAAGCAACUCGCGUCUACAUUCUUGACUUUGGUUUGGCCAAAAGAUAUUUAACUAAGGAGGGUCACAUUCCCUAUAGAGAAGGCAAGAGCUUAACAGGAACUGCUAGAUAUGCUUCAGUGAACACACAUUUAGGUUUGGAAUAAUCAAGGAGGGACGAUCUAGAAUCACUGGGAUAUGUGCUUAUGUAUUUGCUCAGAGGGCAAUUGCCUUGGCAGAAUAUGAAGGCUAAUAAUCAAAAGGAUAAGUAUUAAAGAAUUAUGGAAAAGAAACUUGAAACCUCUCCAGAUGCACUUUGUAAAGGAUUUCCAAUUGAAAUGAGUCAAUAUCUAAAUUACUGUAAGAAUUUGAAGUUUGAGGACAAGCCAGAUUAUAAUUAUUUGAGAGGUCUUUUUAAAGUAUAAAUUGUGAGUAUUUAAGGAUGCGUUUAAGAAGAUUGGUUUUGAAUGGGACUACAAAUUUGAAUGGAUCAAGGAUGAAUCCCUUGUAAAAACAUAAUAGGACAUCCAAUCUGAAAAUAAAUUGAUGAUCAUGACUUAGCCAUUACAAUAACAGCAAUAAUAAUAAUAGCCAGGCAUCAAACCAAAUGGCAUUGAGUCAGAUAAGAAGAUUGGAAAUACCAAUAGUCAUCAUCUUAAUUCCAAUAUACAGUAAUAAUCGGGACAAAGAAGACCACAAUAGUAGACUAGCAAAGUGUCACAAUAGUUAUCAGUUGAGAAAAAGAGAACUACCUCUUAAAAUAAAUAGUUCAUCUAAUCUAAAGAGUUAGUCAAACCUGUUACUUAAGUGUUAGCGCCUAAGAUUGUUACUACUAAAGAACCACCUAGAAAAUAUUGA